CUAAAUUAAAGCCUUGUGAGAAGGUCAAGAGAGGUCGAUCACCUCAAGAUUCUUAGUCUUACGCCGAAUACCGAAUUCACUCGCCGAAGCCACAACAACCUAAAUUGGACUCAAUUGACAUAGGAAAUACAGACACGCGCCUUUGCAGCAUGUCAUCUGAUUCUACACCUCCUCCAGGUGUCCCCGCUGGAACGCCAAGUGCUUCAAAUGCAGAAAUCAAGAACGACCCUGCAAAAACCGGGUUUUCUCCAGAGAUCUCAUGGUGGAUGAACUACUUCAAGAUGCUCUCGGGCCAAAUGACACCUGAGGGCAAAUUCUUCUUCCGAGAGUAUACAACAGAAAUCGAGGAAGAAAAAGACUGCAAAGCUUGUGAGAGAGACCGCGACUGGCUCUUUACCUAUUCACCCGUCGUUCGCUUCAUGUCUGAGAAGAUACAGGCCCUCAAUGGACGAAUAGACCCUUCCAAUGUUCACUGCCGUCGCUGUCCCUCCUCUCUGAGGGCUGAUGGCUCUGUCAACUGGCAAUCUGGUGGUUUUAGCCCCAAUCAUGGCAUCCUCAUAUGUGCCAACCACAUCAAGAACCGAAAGCAUCUCGAGGAUACGCUUGCACAUGAGAUGGUGCAUGCCUGGGACUAUGUUCGAUGGAAGAAUGUCGACUUUUUGGGUCAAAAGGACUUGAAGCACGCCGCAUGCACAGAGAUCCGAGCUUCAAUGCUCAGUGGCGAGUGCAGAUGGACAAAAGAGGCCUUUGUUCGAGGCAAUUGGAGAUUGACGCAGCAAUUCCAAAAUUGCGUCCGCAGACGAGCCAUUGAUUCCGUCACGGCCAGAUCCACAUGCAAGGAUGACGUCCAAGCAACCAAGGUUGUCAACCAGGUUUGGGAUUCUUGCUUCGCAGACACGCGGCCAUUCGAUGAGGUUUAUCGAUGAUUGCUAGCAGUCUGCCCUCCGUAUGAAAAUGUGUACGAUAUCUAAGACGGGCGAGAGGCGCCUUUAAUGAAAUGUAUGAUGCCUUUCUGCUGUAUACCACAAUACUAUCAAUGAUACCC